AUGGUGGCUCCAGCGGUCCGCGAGUUAGUGGAUCAGCCGCUAAAAGAGCUAAGUGAGCUGUAUGAGAACUCACUUAAGGCUAUGCUAGUGUGUGGCUUAGAGUUUUAUUUGUCAGCAUCGCUCGUUGCGUCGUUCUUUCAAUGUCCUGAUGAGAGACAGGAUGAGCAGGAGCUACAGACACUCUAUACUUUGGCCUGGGUACCCAUGAUGUUGGCUUUCAUCCUUGUAUACGGACCAAAGAUCUCGACGUCAAUAUUUCCAUCACCAGAGCACUUUGAACGGAAUAUGCUGCGCUGCAAAAUCUUUACGUGGAUCUACCAUUUUGUUUUUCUCAUCUGGGAUCCCGAUAUGGUUAUUAAGACAGGUCCAUCACUUGGAGUUUCGAUUAUCUUCUGUGUGACUGAUCUUUGUCGCUUUGUCAUGGAUAUGAAACACUUGACUGAAGGUGAGUACGAUGAGAAUGGUAACUCAUUCAUUUUUCAUGAUGGAGUGCCUCAUCAAGAUAAUGACGAGCAAAAAGCUGAACAGCAAACACAGAGAAUCCAGCAGCAAUACGAGUCUCGAGAAUCUCUACAGACAUCUCAGCAGCACCAAUCAUGGCCAAAGAAUAACUACAUGGUUCAUGUGAUUGCUUCAGCAUCAAAGGAGACAUCACAGCGAAGCAUACAUAAAUACUCUUUGCAGAGUCCAGUAGAAUCGUCACAACAAGAACAGGAACCUCUUACACCUUUGUUUGGUGCUGGAAUGUCGAAGAAGCGAAGCCAGGAUUUGGCACUGGAUCAAACUCCGUUAUCAAUAAAAAGCCAAUAUGUUGCAGUGCUGGAUCCUGACGCUGAUAAAAAAACAGCUGAGAUGAUUGCCAAGAAAUCGUUCACAUAUGAGUUAUAA